AUGUUCGGAGUGAUUACAUUCGGUAUUCAAAUGUUCGGAGUGAUGGCAUUCGGUAUUCAAAUGUUCGGAGUGAUGGCAUUCAGUAUUCAAAUGUUCGGAGUGAUUACAUUCGGUAUUCAAAUGUUCGGAGUGAUGGCAGUCGGUAUUCAAAUGGUAGGAGUGAUGACAUUCGGUAUUCAAAUGUUCGGAGUGAUGGCAUUCAGUAUUCAAAUGUUCGGAGUGAUUACAUUCGGUAUUCAAAUGUUCGGAGUGAUGGCAUUCGGUAUUCAAAUGGUCGGAGUGAUGGCAGUCGGUAUUCAAAUGUUAAGAGUGACGACAGUCAGAAUCAAAUGUUCGGAGUGAUGGCAUUCGGUAUUCAAAUGUUCAGAGUGAUUAAAUGCGGUAUUCCAAUGUUAGGAGUGAUAACAUUCGGAAUUCCAAUGUUUGGAAUGAUGACAUUCGAUAUUCCAAUGUUUGCAGUGAUGACAUUCGGUAUUCAAAUGUUCGGAGUGAUGACAUUCGGUAUUCAAAUGUUCGGAGUGAUGACAUUCGGUAUUCAAAUGUUCGGAGUGAUGGCAUUCGGUAUUCAAAUGUUAGGAGUGAUGACAUUCGGUAUUCAAAUGGUCGGAGUGAUGGCAGUCGGUAUUCAAAUGUUCGGAGUGAUGGCAUUCGGUGUUCAAAUGUUAGGAGUGAUUACAUUCGGUAUUCAAAUGUUCGGAGUGACGCCAUUCAGUAUUCAAAUGUUCGGAGUGAUUACAUUCGGUAUUCAAAUGUUCGGAGUGAUGGCAUUCGGUAUUCAAAUGUUAGGAGUGAUGACAUUCGGUAUU